AUGGAUUUACGAAAAGGGAUUUUUCUUCUGCCUUUGCUCAUCCGACUCAUUAAGUGCGAUCAAUUUUUGGAGAACUUCACCCGCGAUUACUACGACAGCAUUCACGUUUAUCAGUUGAUUGUUUUUGGCUGCUGGAACCUUCAAGAAGCUCAUAAUUUUGCUAAAAAUGUAAUGAGACAAGAAGCUAAAGUUUCUUACAAUGAAAUUAGUGACAAUAUUAAUUUGGAAAAUAUAUUAAGACUCAAUUCUCAAACUCUUGGUGUAAUACUCGACCAUGAUUGUCCAAGCAGUCAUUUGAUAUUAAAUCAGUUUUCCAGGCAACUGGCGUUCAAUGAAUCUUAUCGGUGGGUUCUGCUAACCGAGUCAUUAGAAUUCCCGACACCGUCGCUGAGAGAUCUUCCCCUGUCGGUUGCGAGCGAAAUGACCGUAGCGAUUCGAGAGAACAACACUUACAACCUCUACGAUGUGUACAACCCGAGUUAUCUUCACGGAGGUGUAAUUAAUGUAACUCUCAUGGGCUACUGGACCCCUGAGCAUAAAUUGGUUAAUAAUUUUAAGCACCAAUUCAAGUAUCACCGCCGUCAGAAUUUUAAUUUAUUACCGCUAAACGUUUCAAUCGUCUUGGUAAAUGAUCCGAAACCUGACUUGGAAACUUAUCUAACGACCCCCAUAGAUAUCCAUCUUGAUACUAUGAGUCGGUUUACUUAUCAAAUAGUGUUGCAAUUGAAGGAAUACUACAAUUUUUCUAUUAACAUGAAACGAGAUAUAAGCUGGGGAUACAAAUUAAACGGAACCUUCGACGGAAUAAUCGGCGACAUGGACAAAGGCAUUGUUGACAUAAGUUCGACGCCAUUUCAAAUUAAACGUGAUCGUCUGGAAGUUAUUGACUAUACUGUACACGUAAUGACUAUUAGGACAGUAUUUUUCUUUCGGCAUCCCAAGAAAAAUGACAUGCAAAAUGGAUUCCUGAAACCAUUUGAUACCAGCUUAUGGUACAUUGUCUUCGGGGUGGCUGGUGUUUAUUGGUUCAUUCUUUUCGUAACAACCAAAGCCGAAUCUCAUGUGGAGAAUAUCAAAGUUCCAGACAAUUCUUUGAUGUCAUUACCGGCAACAGAAACCAGUCUUAUAACUAUGGCUGCUUUGUUUCAGCAAGGAGCAAAUGAUAGUCCCCGUCUUAUUUCUGGACGAAUCGCUUUUUUGUCAUUAUUUAUUUGGACGCUUCUUCUAUUUCAAUUCUACUCAGCGACGGUUGUUGGGUUCUUACUAGCGCCACCUGCGUUCUGGAUUACUACAUUGAAAAAUUUGACUGACAGUAGUUUGAGCUGCGGAAUGGAGGACAUGGAUUACUACAGAGACUUUUAUGCGACGACGUACUUAGAAACAGCUAUUGAAAUGCACGAGAAGAAAAUAAAGCCGACCAAGAAGCUACCAAGGGGAUCCUAUUUUCCGGCUGUUGAAGGACUCCUCAAAGUUCGGGAUGAACCGUUCGCUUUUCACAUUGAAGACACUACGGCUUAUAGGAUUAUAGAAGAUUUAUUUACGGAAGAUCAAAUAUGUGAACUUCAAGAAAUUCCUAUUCGGGCAGCAAGGGAAGUUUAUGUUGGAGUUCCAAGACAUUCUCCAUUUAAAGAAAUGAUAACUUAUGGGUGUAGAAAAUCAGUAGAACACGGACUAGCUAAUCGUCUUAGAAAACAUUGGCGUUACAAAAAGCCACCGUGUCCAGAAAGUCACAGUUCAAAACCAAUGCCAGUGAUGAUGAAAGAAUUUGCCCCCUCAUUGAUGUUCCUCUCGUUUGGUUUCGGCUUAUCUGUGUUUAUUUUAUUCGCAGAGUGCAUUUAUCACGCAAAAUUCGAUCGCGACUCGAACGAACCCGACAGCCAAUCAAUCACUCCGGUACAAUCGGCAGGAACAGCAGAACAAGAUAUUGAAGAAAAGUUUGAUCAUGAUGAAACAGUACCACACUUUAGCGCUUAG